CUCUUUAAGGAGCUGAACAUGACCCAGUACAAGACACUGCCGGACUCCCAUUCCGCACAGAGCUUCUAUGAGAACUACGAGCCCAAGGAGAUCCUGGGCAGGGGAGUGAGCAGCGUUGUCAGGCGCUGCAUCCACAAGCCCACAUGCCAGGAGUACGCUGUGAAGAUCAUCGACGUCACAGGUGGGGGCAGCUUCAGCUCCGAGGAGGUGCAGGAGCUGCGAGAGGCCACGCAGAAGGAGGUGGACAUCCUGCGCAAGGUCUCAGGACACCCCAACAUCAUACAGCUGAAGGACACUUACGAGACCAACACUUUCUUCUUCUUGGUGUUUGAUCUGAUGAAGAGAGGGGAGCUCUUUGAUUACCUCACUGAGAAGGUCACCCUGAGCGAGAAGGAAACCAGAAAGAUCAUGAGAACCCUGCUGGAGGUGAUCUUCACCUUGCACAAACUCAACAUCGUGCAUCGGGAUCUGAAACCUGAGAACAUCCUCUUGGAUGAUGACAUGAAUAUCAAGCUCACAGACUUUGGCUUUUCCUGCCAGCUGAAGCCAGGAGAGAAACUGCGAGAGGUCUGUGGGACCCCCAGUUACCUGGCCCCUGAGAUCAUUGAGUGCUCCAUGGAUGAUAACCACCCUGGCUAUGGGAAGGAGGUGGACAUGUGGAGCACGGGGGUCAUCAUGUACACGCUGCUGGCCGGCUCCCCACCUUUCUGGCACCGCAAGCAGAUGCUGAUGUUGAGGAUGAUCAUGAGUGGCAACUACCAGUUUGGCUCACCAGAAUGGGAUGAUUACUCGGACACUGUGAAGGACUUGGUCUCCCGCUUCUUGGUGGUGAGCCCCAAAGGCCGCUGUUCGGCAGAAGAGGCCUUGGCACAUCCCUUCUUCCAGCAGUACACCGUGGAGGAAGUGCGUCACUUCAGCCCCCGGGGGAAGUUCAAGGUGAUCGCCCUGACGGUGCUGGCUUCCGUGCGGAUCUACUACCAGUACCGCCGGGUGAAGCCCGUGACCCUGGAGAUCAUGAUCCGAGACCCCUAUGCUCUCCGGCCCCUGCGGCGACUCAUCGACGCGUACGCUUUCCGGAUGUAUGGCCACUGGGUGAAGAAGGGGCAGCAGCAGAACCGGGCGGCGCUCUUCGAGAACACACCCAAGGCUGUGCUCCUCUCCCUGGCUGAGGAGGUCUACUGACGGGCAGGCCGGCAGGCCAGGUGGGACGGGGGGCAGGCCGGGAGGAGAAGCC